AUGGGUCCCGGAAAGAUCGCGACACUUCUCGGCACGGCUGCUGUUGCCGCGGCCUCAUACAGCAAUCGACCUGGCUAUACUGGGAGAUUCACUUUUGCUGCCCCAUAUGACCAGUCAUUCCUGGAAGGCUACUCAAUCUUGAAGCACAUUGGUGGCCUUGGACCUUAUAGCAAUCGCAUGUCAUAUGGCAUUGGACGGGAUCCUCCCGAGUCCUGCGCUGUAGACCAGGUCAUCAUGAUCAAACGUCAUGGCGAGCGGUACCCGCAAGGAAGCGACAGUAAGUAUAUUGAAGCUGUCCUGGAAAAGCUUUAUGGCUUUGAUGUGGAGAACUGGAAAGGAGAUCUUACCUUCCUGAACUGGUGGCAGUACUAUGUGGACGAUGAGGGUCUCUAUGGGCUUGAGACCGAUAGCGGCCCCUACAACGGGCUUCUGACCUCGUAUAAACAUGGUGCCGAGUAUCGUGUGCGUUAUGGUCACCUGUGGGAUCAGGGCUCCGGCAAGACCGUUCCGAUGUGGACGAGUGAAUUCGAGCGUGUCGUGCAGACUGCUCGCAAAUUCGGUGAAGGUUUCUUUGGAUGGAAUUAUACCGACUCCGUCGCCCUGAACGUUAUUUCGGAGAGCAAAAAGAUGGGCGCCAAUAGCCUCACACCUGAGUGUCCUGGAGAUAACGACAGAAAGACAUGCGACAACCUUAGCCAGGACCUCCCAGCAUUUCGCGUCGCUGCUGAGAGGUUCAACAAGCAGAACCCGGGCCUCGAUUUGAACUCAACCGACGUGUUCCAGCUAAUGUUUAUCUCUGCUUUUGAGCUCAACGUUCGUGGGAACUCUGACUGGACUAAUGCUUUCACACUCGACGAGUGGAAAUGGUUCGGAUACACCCAAGACCUGCAGUACUACUACUGCGCUGGACCUGGAGACCCCUACUAUAAGGCCGUUGGGUCAGUUUACGCGAAUGCCUCCCUGACCUUGCUGAACCAGGGACCGGAAGAAGCUGGCUCAAUGUAUUUCAACUUUGCUCACGACACAAAUAUUACCCCCAUUCUGGCCGCCUUGGGCAUCGCCUCACCAAAUGAGGAUUUGCCUCUUGACAAGAUCCCGUUCCCGUCUUCAUACGAGAGCGGCAACAUAAUCCCUAUGGGCGGCCACUUGACCCUUGAAAGGAUGAGCUGCAAUGCGACAGCUGCCACGGAGAAGGGUACUUAUGUACGCGUUGUGCUCAAUGAGGCUGUCGUCCCUUUCACGUCGUGCCAGGAGGGUCCCGGUUUCUCCUGCUCGCUUGCCAACUACACCAACAUGGUCAGCAAAAUGCUCCCUGAUUUCGCGUCUGAGUGCAAGAUCAAGAGUUCUGUGCCGCAGCACCUCUCCUUCUGGUGGGAUUACAACACCACUUCGACCUACAACCACCAGACUGCGAGGUAUAUUCCUUUCCAAGGUGAUAGCUUUGUGUAG